CUUAGAGACAGAAUAUUCAGAGAGCAUGCCAGAGUAAAGAAACUGCCCUUAAGAUCCUAUGAGGCGAAAAUAGUUCUACCACAUUCUACACAUUCUACACAUUCUACGUGUACUUACUGCACUUAUAUCGCACCAAUAUUGCUAAAACUCAUCAUCUUUGUUCCUGAUUCCCUAUCCUGAUGAUGUUACCAAUAAAGAAAGUUUAUUUUUGUACCAGUGGUAUGUUCUUAAAGUCUUUCAAGGAUCCGAGGACAGUUACAGUAGAACUAUUACCCUCUGAGGAGGCGAGAAGACGCACCUCAUCAGAGCUAGAGCAGAAGCCAUAUCAAGUGUGCCUCAAAGUGUAAUUACAAGCCCUUAAAGAGACGGUGCGCAAAAAAAAAUAAAGGUUAAACAGCUCUGUAAAGCUAACCUGCCUUUUCUGUGACAAUAGAGCUGACAAAAUACCACAGAAGAAGCACAAAUAGAGCCCAGUAUUGCACCCAAGUAGAUGUAUGCCUUUCCUGCGGCCUUCAGAGUCAGAGCAUUGCCACAGUGAGAUUGCACAUAUCGAAAAGCGUGUUACCGCCCAGAGUGAAACAACCACGUGCUGCAAUUCACCCAGAGACAUCAAGCAGAGCAACAAUCCUGACAGCUGCAUAUCUGCAAGGAAAGACACAGACCGUCAGCAUCCUGUAAGCAACUGCAAGCAAGCCAAAGUCCCUCACCUUGCAUCUACUUCUGCAAAGACUGAUCCUGAGUGAUUCCUAACUUCUAUAGAGAGACACUUAUUUUGAAUCAGCAAGCCAAGUCACUGUAUCCUGCUCUUCACAUUAAGGUCAGAGUUUCCUGUUUAUUCCUUAUUGAUGGUUAUGUGCUGACCUUGGCACAUUAAGAGACACUGAAUAAAAGGUAAUAAGAACUUUGAGAGAAUCCAGAGAUAUUUGCAUUAUAAGGACUUUAUGUGAAUUUGAAUAAAGUUAUUUAUUCCUUUGUGUUUAACUGAUAUUUAACUCUUUCAAGUCAAAAUGUCUGUUUCUAGUGAUUCAAUGCCAUUGUUAGAGGGUGAAGCGUUAAAUAGUGAGAGAUAUUCCCUACAACAGAAGGUAUUAGAGUUGAGGGAAACCUUAAAGUCAGAGACAGAUCCUGAAGAGAUAGAAAGGAUAAAUUGUGACAUAAAAAAGUACCUGUCUAAGAUAGAGAAUUUAGAAGCUGAUCUUAGGGAUUCUAAAGCAGUCUCAGAACAGAGAAGUCAGUUGAGACAGUCAUCUCAUGAGAGAAGACCUACCCCAAAAAUGCUAGAAUAUAUGCAACAAGAGGCUGCACAAAGAGAAAGGAAAUUCAACCAAAUGUACAUAAAAUGGAAAACGCAUACCAAUGAGGUUCGCAUGAAGCUAAAACAAGAGUGUGCAGAGGAUGAAUUAUCCAACAUGAUGGAUGCUGUAGAGAAGCAUGAGUUAGAUAUGAAGACAAUAUAUGAUGAGCUAAGGUCAUACACAGCACCCUCCCAGGACAUUAAGAGGAAGAUCGACACAUGCACUGCAAUAACAGCAGAUUUAUUAGGGCUUAUGAGAAUACGAUCAAUUGAAACCGACUUUGAUGUAGAGACAGAGAGGACAAGGCUACUAGAGCUUUAUAAAAGGGAUUAUGCAAAGUCUGUAUAUGGAUCUACAGUUUCAAGAGUAGCAUCUUCUAGCAAACAUUCUAGCCACUCAUCUAAGUGCACAAGUACCUCAGCCAAAAGAGUAGAAGCAUCUGCACAACUUGCCGCUAAAAGAGCUGAGAUUGAGAUGGAAGCUGUUAUCGAAGCACAACGUCAACAAUUAAAAAAGUUAAAAAACCAAAGAGACAUCGAGGUCAUGGAAGCUAAACUUAGAGUAUAUACUGAAGAGGAAAUAAAAGAAAAUGGUGAUAGAUCCAGAGCAGUACUUCCCGAGAGAACAGAUCCCUGUCCUUCUAUCCUCACUGAGGAAAACAAAGGGAAAUCUAAGUCAGUGUGUAGUGAGAGAACAGAUCCCUGUCCUUCUAUCCCCACUAGUCAUCAUAGUGACCAAGGAAAUGUUGCAGCUAUUGCCCAAGCAAUACAUGAGACAAUGGUUCUUACAAGACUUCCAACUCCUGAACCAACUGUAUUCUCAGGAGACCCAUUGAAGUUCAUAGAGUGGAGUACAAGCUUUGAAGCACUUAUUGCACGCCGCUGCUCCAAUCCAGCAGACAAGUUGUUCUACCUACAGAAUUAUGUUAGUGGAGAAGCAAAGAGGGCUCUUGAAGGUAGCUUCUACAGGAAGGAUGAAGAAGCCUACAAACAAGCAUGGGAGAAGCUAAAUGCACGGUAUGGCCAUCCCUUUGUAGUACAGCGAGCCUUUAGGGAAAGACUUAACAGUUGGCCAAAGAUAAGCUCUAAAGAGUAUGUUAGACUUAGAGAGUAUGGUGACUUCCUGCAAGCAUGUAGCAACGCCAUUCCUCACAUAAAGGGUUUGCAAGCACUGAAUGACUGUGAAGAAAACCAGAAAAUGUUACUUAAGCUGCCUGAUUGGGUGACCUCAAGAUGGAAUCGUCAUGUAACUAAACAGUUAGACCAAGGCAAGGACUAUCCCAGUUUUGAAGAGUUCUCUUCAUUUGUCAAUUUAGAAGCACGUAUAGCAUGCAAUCCAGUGUCAUCCCUUCACAUUCUGAAACCUUUGGAAGGAAAGCCAACGAGAGAGAGAAAACGUGCAAAGGCAACUUCAUUUGCAGUCGAUACAAUGACUAAAGACCAUGAUACCAAUGAGAGUAAGCCUAAGGUCAUUGAUGUACCGAAUAGAGAGAAAGUACAGACAGAGAGUCACACACCUCUUCAAUGCAUGUUCUGUGGAGAGAAUCACUACAUCUACAAAUGUCAACAAAUGAAGGAAAGGUCUGUAGAGGAGAAGAAAAGAUUCAUACUGGAUAACCAACUCUGUUUUGGUUGCCUAAGAAAGGGACACAGUGCCAAGGACUGUAAAAGAAGAGCCACCUGUGGCAUUUGUAAAGGACGUCACCCAACCCCAUUACAUGAAGAUCGCCCAAAAAGGGAUAAAGCUUCAACACUCAGUACUCUCAUUGAGGGAGAAAUCAUAUCCACACCAUCUUGCUGUAUGGUUAAAAGUGAGAGUAAGAAUACGUCAAUGAUCAUCCCAGUGUGUAUCUCAUCUCCAGGAACAGAAAGCAGUAACACAUUUAUUGAUCAAGAAGUCUGUGAGAAAUUGCAAGUGGCAAUGGAGCCAGUGAAGCUUAAGCUCUCAACGAUUAUGGGAAAAGACUCAUUGGAAGAUAGUCAAAGAGUCACAGGACUAAAAGUCAAGGGACUUUGCUCAGAUGUCACCAUAGAUCUACCUCCGGUCUAUACAAGAGACUUCAUACCCCUUGAUCGUGAACACAUACCUACCUGUGAAACAGCCCAAAAGUGGAAGCACCUAUCAGUCAUCUCUCAUAAAAUAACCCCUCUGAAGGAGUACCGUGUGGGGCUUCUGAUAGGUUAUGACUGUUCUAAAGCACUGAUGCCACGACAAAUAAUAACAGGAGGUGAUGAUGAACCAUAUGCCAUCAAAACUGAUUUAGGAUGGAGCAUUGUUGGAGGACCACAACAGGCUGCAAGCUCAAGACAAGUAACCGGGUUAUGUAAUCGCAUAUCUGUCAAGAUGUCACUAACCCCAAGUCCUGCUACAGUGAUCAAGAUUCUUGAGUCCGACUUUGCAGACACCAGCUCAAAGGAAAAGAGCAUAUCUCAAGAAGAUAUAACAUUCCUACACAUCUUGGAAGGAGGCAUUCAGCUAAACCAACAAGGCCAUCUAGAGAUGCCCUUACCUUAUAAAAAAUGCCCUGACCUUCCAUACAAUAAGAAUCUUGCCUUAGUACGACUAAGACGUUUAGAGAGGAAGCUGGGAAGAGAGCCAAAGUUCAAAAGCGACUAUUUCAAGUUUAUGGAAGGCAUCAUACAAGACGGAGAUGCAGAAAGAGCUGACCAUCAACCAGACCUGGGGAAGGUUUGGUACAUUCCACAUCAAGGUGUCUAUCACUCGAAGAAACCAGAUAAGAUAAGAGUGGUGUUUGAUUGCUCAGCAAGGUAUGAUGGUGUUGCAUUGAACGAUUAUCUGUUAACGGGACCAGACCUCACGAAUAUGCUAUCUGGAGUUCUCUGUAGAUUUCGGAAAUACCCCAUUGCUGUCAUGUGUGACAUUGAAAAGAUGUUCCACAGGUUUCAUGUGAAAGAGGAAGAUAGAGAUUUCCUGAGGUUCCUAUGGUGGGAGAAUGGAAACACUAAUACAGAGCCUGUGGAAUAUCGCAUGAAAGUUCAUCUGUUUGGAGCAGCAUCAUCCCCAGGUUGUGCCAAUUACGGUAUGAAACACCUUGCCAAACAAUACGAAAGAAAUUAUCCAUCUGCAGCAAACUUCAUUACAAAAAACUUUUAUGUUGACGAUGGACUUGUUAGCCUGCAAUCUGCUGACUCAGCAAUCAAAUUAGUGAAAAACUCAAGAGUUGUGCGCAAAGGGAAAUCUGCGCCUUCACAAGUUCAUCUCAAACAACAGAGAAGUGUUGGAAUCCAUUUGCGAAUCUGAACGAGCAUCAG